UCUUGAGUUAUCUCGCACCACGAACAGUUCGCUCGCAGCUGCUACUGAGUACUGAAAUCUGUAAGCCUGAGUUUUUUGAGGAUUCAUCUACUACCGAUCAUCGCCGAUCCGUUUCCCCACCCCAAAGGGGGUUUUUCACGCUACAUCGUGCUCCAGCUUUUUCCACAGCCCAGAGCGGCGAGGUUUGGUGUGCUUGUUCUGACUUUUUUGAGUGUCUGAUUUUUGUGAGCAAUCGUUGGUUCGAAAGUGUGCGAGAGGAGAAUUGUGAUAAGAGGGACUUGUAUUUGUGCGUCGCACAGGACGAACAGUACCACCCGUAACCAAAAACCAACUCAACCGAAAAUGUUCAAGUCGCAUCUGGAAAUGAUCGGAAGCUACGAGCCCAUCAGCAAGAAGGCUCGCUUCUUCAACACCUACCUUAAGUCGCUGAAGGGAUCCCAAGACAUCAUGGCCAAGGAGAAGCGCAGCUACAGCUCGACCUUCGAAUCGCAGAGCAUCUACAGUGACUCGAAAUUCGCCUGCGAAAGAGUCAAGUCGCCCGGCUACCACUACAACCCGGUCAGCAAGGACACCUAUGGCGUUACGCCGAGAAAGAUCAACGCGCGCGAUUUUACCCGCUAAACGAUCGUGUGUGUAGCAGUAAUAUCUUUUUGUCUUAAUGUGUCCCUAAGUUCUUGAGCAACUACUACACCAAGAAGAAGAGAAAAAAAAACAUCUACCACUGUAAUGAUAUAGAUUUUAACCUUCGAAUGACAGAAAAAAAACUACAGACACACACCGAUACACACCGACCUACAGAACGACAGCGCUAGGCAUGAUAAUUAGCAGUGAACAGUGAGCAUGGUUUUUGCUGAGCUCGUCAGGGAGUCGACGGUUCCCGUGUCCGCAUAUAUAUGACGCAAAACGUGACCAUUUCCCGGCCGGCUAAGGGCGUGAAGAUCAGCAGCCAUACGUCGACACGAUAAGAGCAGUGAUGGCGGCGGCGAAUUUCUAUUUAUGUUCCUCGAGAAAGUUGCAGAACUUAGACCGGGAGGCGAAAAGAAAACAUACAUACGGUACAUACACACAAGUACGGGACGGAAACAGACACACACGCACACACUUCCAAACGAAUUCGAACACUGUUGAACAGCAGCAUGCACGAUUUGGUUUUUGAUGAAAUGACGACAACAAUGCACUGGGGACUCAACAACUAUUUUCGAACGGCAGCAUGAAACGACAGAACAAUUUAACACCGAUCCGAAGAACGAUCCUGAUCGAAGGGUUUGGAAAUUAUUCUGACAACCAACAACAACAAAAUGCCUUCGAGGGAUAUGGCAUGGAAAUUCGUGUGGAAAAAAACCACCGUUGCCUAACUGGGAAUGCGGAUAUGCGGAGACUGGGAACUAGGAAGCAACCGAGGUAGUGGGCCACCAACGCGAGAGUUUCGAGAUAACUGACAACAAGACAUACGUAGUUGUGUAACCGAUCAAACGAGCCUGAACGGAGCUUCAUUUAAGCCAAACCUACAGCAGACAUCCGUUCGACCGGCGGGAUGAAGCCGACCGGGGUAAUUGCGCGAAACAGCACGGCGUGUUGCAAUCCUGCGGCAAAGGAUGUGCUCUCCCAAACAAAACAAAACACACACAACAAACAAUACAAACACACACACACAAACACACACAGCGACACACAAACAAAACACUAUAUUUUUCUUUUCAUUUACCAUUAUGUGUAAAAUAUUUUUCUUUUAUUCGUAAAGUCAAGGCUGUAUAAGUUAUGAGAGCGAAAUGUAUAACAAACAAAAAAAGAAAUAAAAUCGUCGAAACGAAACCAAA